AUGGAUCUUGACCCGCAUGUCAAUGAACAAUUGGCGGCAUUAGCUAGAGAACAGCAAACAAUACUCAAAAAUUUGAUGACGAGACUUUUUGACAAAUCAUUACAAGGUUUGAAUCUAACGAAUAAUGAAAUUCAAGAUCUACGCCAAAGACAUGUGUGGUAUCACUCGAAUAUUUAUCAAUUACAUGAGCUAAAGAAAAAAAUAACAUCGAUUCAAGGACAAUAUGAUGAAAGAAUUAAUGAAAUCUUACACGAGAUUCGAGAGCAAAAAGAACGGGCGAAACAAAUACUUCACAACGCAUUGAAUCGGCUGGAAACAACUAUGGACAAAAAUAUUGUAAGACAUUAUCUAGACGAAUUAAUACGUGAAUUUGAUAAGCUAAUUGAUAAUACGUCCUCGUUGGUUUUAUUAGGAUCUAUUUUCGGAGCUCUUGGUCUUUUCUCUAUUAUAGCAGCCAUAAUAGCUGCAUUUGGUGGGUCAAGUCUACUCGGCGUUGCGACAUUAGGUCUGGGAGCUGUUGUCGGCGACGCAACAAGUGAAAUUAUGUUUCGAAGCAAAUUAUCAGAUUUAAAUGAAAAAUUAAGAGAUAAUAUAAAAAAUGUGCAAAAUCAAAAAAGUCAACAAUUACAACAACUAGAGUCCUAUUUUGAUGGCUUCGUGCAAAAAUUACUUCAGCACAACAGUCACAAAUUAUCGCAGGAAUUUCCAUCAGGAAAAUAUCGAGUAUUUCAAUCCGAUAAUGAAACUGCAGUGAUUCAGUUUGUCCAGUCGAAUAUUGAAAGUAAUAUCAUUUUGAUAACAUCAGGAUCAGCCGGCGAAUCCGUUAUCUCCGAAAUUGGAUACUAUUGGAAUAUCAAAGGUAUCAUCAUAUUUUGCAUGUUGAUCGACAAUCAUCGAUCAUGGACUGGCAUGCAUAAGAAAGUAUUAUUGAUAACAAACAACAGCAAUGAAGUUGUACAAAAAAUAAAACAUAUCGAACGUGGUGAUAUUUACUUUUUAAUCAAUGGCUUUUUAUUGGAAGAUGUUGCAUUGAAAUUGACAAAUACCGAUUACUAUAUAUUAACAAAAAAACAUGGAUUUAUGAUUCAAGAUUUUGAAUCCAUCAAUUCCGAUAGGUCAUAUCACCGGUAUAUGAUACAACGAUUUCACGAUACGAUUAUAGCGAAAAACUUAUAUUCAAAUGGGGUUCCCAACCAUUUCAAAUUGACAAAUUUGUUCCAGUUUGUCGACAAAUUUCUCGAAGCAUUAGCACAGAUCAAGCCAGAGAAGAAAAUCAUAGCUUUGUAUACCGAAGAGGCACCGUAUUACUACAAAAUAAUUAAUGAUAUUCUAAAUCGACUAGAUGAAGAAUUAAUAUUAUUAGUAGGCGAUUAUACUAAAGCAUUGCGAUAUGCUUUGAUUGUAUAUGCGGAUACAACGAACACAAUACCGAAUACCACAAAUUUGAAAUUAUACAGAGGAUUAUGUUUGAUGUAUGAGAAUAGUUUACAAGAAUUUCAGCAAAAAUUUGCCGUAAAUGAUAUCAUUAUUUUUCCGUCAUUCUUAUCGACCAGUUUGAACAAGGCGAAAGCCACAUCCUUUAUUAAUGAAAAAGGUGUUCUAUUAGAAAUAUCUGCUGAUUGUACGCAAAUUAAUAAGCCAAAAAAUAUUUCCGCUCAAUCGCGCUACAAAAGUGAAGAUGAAGUAUUACUCAACUGCUUUAGUGUAUUGAGAGUGACGAGCAUUACGAAAAUCACUGAUAAUUUGGUGUCUUAUAAAUGCAUCUUGGAACAAUUGGAAUGA